AUACUGUAGCUCAUAUGGCUGCUAGAUGGAACACGGAUACUAGUAGUGAAUGUAAUUGUUCGGAUUCUAUUCCCCAAAGUUUGUUAACUUUGGCGGAACUUGAUUUAAUAAAUUGAUUCCCCGUGUUUGUCUUCAAAAAAAAAUUAUGCACUUUUGGGAAUUGUAUAUUCAUAUUUAAUCAAAAAUUAAUUAGGAACACGGAGGAAGUAGUUAUUUUCUUUCAAUAUAUGUUUAAAAAUUUAUAAUUCAAUUCUUAUUUUAAAAUCGUGCAUCGCAAGGAAUCACCUAAUGAAAAAACAACGUUAACCACUACUCUAAAACUCUAAAAGUCAAAGUAAUUGUAACCAGUUUCGAAUCUGUCAAGUUCAACUUAAAAAAAAAAAAAAAAAAAAAAAAAAAACAACCGAGAAAUGAGGCGAACCUCAGUAACAACAAUCACUCUCCACCUCCAAUCACCAACAGGUCCAACACCCACACUCAUGACUUUCAACAUUUCACCAUUUAUUACCGUCAUCAUUAACGGUAACCGUAAGAAACCGUAACGGUUACAUUCCCACCCCUCCCACCGUUACACUUACAUUUACCCUUAAAAGAAAAACGGAUUUCCAAUUUUCCUCACCCCAAAACUAACGUCGUCUCACGUCGUCACAUUCCCAUCCCCACCUUUACUUUUUUUUCUCUCUAAAAAAUUCCUUUCUCUCUCUAAAAAUGGCCGACGAUUUCUCUCUCCUCACCGCCGCCGCCGACGACCACCACAACCAACACCAGUUCAACUCCCAUCACCAUUAUUUACACCCCAAAUUACCCUCCACCACCUCCGCUGCCGCAUCGGAGGUCUCAAACGACGUCGUUAAGAUCUCCGGCGCCGAUGGAACCUCCGACAACGGCGUCGUUUACGAGGUCACGUAUGAACCGUCGGAGUUCGACCCGGUUCCGGAUCUUGAGUCGGAUCCGAAUCCGACGAUUAAUAUUAUGACCGAUUCAACGGAGAAGAGGAAGGAAAUUGAUAGAGAUGACGUCAGCGAAGGGAGUUAUAAGAAAUCGAAGUUGGCGGUGAUCGCCGGCGCCGGAGGAGGAGGGAUUUCCGGCGCCGGCGAGUACAGGAAAGAUCGAGAAGAGUGGAGUGAUACGGCGAUAGAGUGUUUGUUAGAUGCGUAUACGGAGAAGUAUACGCAGCUGAAUAGGGGGAAUUUGAGGGGGAGAGAUUGGGAGGAAGUGGCGGUGAUUGUGAGUGAGAGGUGUGAGAAUCAGCAUAAGAGUGUUGAGCAGUGUAAGAAUAAAGUCGAUAAUUUGAAGAAGAGGUAUAAGUUGGAGAGGCAUAGGAUGAGUAGUGCCGGUGUCGCGGUUAGUCAUUGGCCGUGGUUUAAAAAGAUGGAGGCCAUUGUGGGGAAUUCGGUUUCUUCUAAGUCGGUUUCGGAUGAUGAUAAGGUUAGCGGCUCUAGUGGGAGUGCUACUAGGCAGCCGAAGAGAUAUUCCGUGGGAACACCAGGCUCGCUUGGUCAGGUCAAUAACAUGAAGUCAAAAUCAAUACCUAACUUAAAAUGGCAAAGAGUUGUUUUUAAGAUCAGUGGUGCUGCUUUAGUUGGCAAUGGUCCUCAUAACAUUGACCCUAAGGUAGUAAUGCUAAUUGCUAGGGAGGUUACAGUGGCUUGUCGCCUUGGAGUUCAGGUAGCAAUUGUUAUUGGUGGGCGUAACUUUUUCUGCGGGGAUACCUGGAUAACUGCGACCGGUGCUGACAGAUCUACCACAUAUCAUAUUGGUAUGAUGGCAACUGUGAUGAACUCAGUGUUGCUCCAGUCAGCCUUAGAGAAGAUGGGUGUUCAGACACGUUUACAAACUGCUUUUGCAAUGUCAGAGGUGGGUGAGCCAUACAAUAGACAAAAGGCAAUCAGACAUCUAGAAAAAGGCAGAGUGGUGAUCUUUGGUGGAGUUGGUGGUGGUUCAGGAAAUCCUCUCUUUUCAACUGAUACAACAGCAGCUCUACGAGCAACUGACCUUAAUGCCCAGGCAGUUCUCAAAGGCACCAAUGUUGAUGUUGUUUAUGACUGUAAUUCAAGUGGCGUUACAUUUGAGCACAUAUCCUUCAGAGAAGCUGCUUCCCGAGGCCCCUCAUCUAUGGACAUGAUGGCAAUGACAUUCUGUGAAGAGAAUGCUAUUCCUGACAUAAUAUCGAAAAGAUGGUUGGAUACUUUGGGUGUUGGUAUUGAGAAUUUGACAAGUUUGGAGCUCUGGGGUUGUUUUCUUUGAUUCACAACUGCUGGUGGAUGAUGAUCAUCUGACUGAUGUUGUGGGGGUGAUGACUGAAGCGAGAAAGGAUGGGGAAGUUUGGAAAGGAUAGAGAAAAACAACCAAGGGAGGUUUAAUUCCAAACAAAUGGUUUUAAUGUUGUCACAGUAUAUUUCGAUCUCAGCAAUUAUAAGUAAUGUGUUUGUUCUUUUGUGGAACAGUAGUAGCUCUCGAUAUUUCAUUGAAUUGUCAGGGAAGCUUGAUGUGACUAAGGUUAACCUCAUGAUUCAAAGAAAAUUAGUUGUUUCAUAUUCAUCUCUUGAAAGUAUAGCACAUAUAAGAAUCAUAUAAGAAAACAUUCUUUUCUGCUACACAUGCGGAGCUUUUGCCACAUUUUUGUGCUUACAUCUUCCACUCGAUCUGUCUAUUUUGUUAUCCUAAUAUAAUGUGAAUUGGCUAGUCCGUGACCAUAAACAAAUUGUGUUGUUCUGUGCAGUUGUGAUUUUCAACUUUCUUGAACCUGGUAACAUAUCAAGGGCCCUUUGUGGUGAACAAAUUGGUACAUUAAUUGAUCAGACGGGAAUGAUUAGCUAACAUCUAUAACAUAUGUAUUUUUCC